AUAUUUCCAUCUAUACACAAUUCUUCAUCAUCAUUAAAUCAAGAAGCUCUGAGAAUUCAGAAAUGGAAGGAUUAAUCCCAUAUCUCGUCCACGCCCUCAAGAAGCAACGGCCGCCCCAUCACCACGCCCUCGGCCGCUGCCUCUCCGACGCCUCUAACAGGAGCUACCACUUGCUCGUCGGAUCCGAUUCCCCCGACGGCUCUUCUCGCCGGAGGAUCCAGAUCUCCGAUGACUUCCGUGAUCGUUUCUCCGAUCAGCGCUCUCCCCGAAAUGUUAUCAGGACCUUCAGCAACAGAGCUGCUGCGGGUUCGAUGACCCCUACUGCCGCCGCCGCCGCCGCUUCUAUGGCUAGCAGUGGCCUGAGUCGCACUAGUGGCCAUCAAGCCUCGUUUUCCAUCGCCACCACCGUCAAUCGCCGACGAUGAAUCGAAGAUUCCGGGGAUAUUCGGUUCUGGCUACCACCUCGCGUCAACCAUGCCUCCAACCCAAUAUAAAUACUUGUUUUUCUCAAGUGUAGAUAUAUGUAUGCAUAAUAUUCGAUUCAAUAAUUUGUAUCAUUAUUUUUAUCUUUGGAUGUUAUUUGAAAAUGAAUUUGUGUUAUUAAG